AUGGAAGAUGUUUGGGAUUUUGAUACUAUUGAUGUUGAAAUAGACAAGGAUUUGAAGAAGCAAACCAAGAGAUACAAUGAUGCGUUCUUGAACAACUUGUGUCCUGACAUAGCUGGUGAAGAAGAUCAAUUUGACUUAAUGCGAGAAGGAAGUGGGUCUGAUGAAGAAGUAUCAAGUGAAAGCAACCAAGAUUCUAAGCAUGAGUUCGAGUACAGCACCCACGAUCCAACGGUUAAAUGGAACAAGAUGAGACCAUUUCUGGGAGAGAGGUAUGAAUCACCCCAUCAACUAAAGUUAUGUUUAACUAACCAUGCUAUUCAUACUGGUUAUAAGAUAAAGUUCAAGAAAUGUGACAGUCUUAGGCUAGUUGCUGUAUGUGCUAGUGAUCCACAAAAAUUUCAAUGUCCAUUUAAUGUUAGGGCUUCGUGGAUGAACACUGAGAGGUCGUUUCAAAUUAAGAAACUUGUUGACAAACAUAAGUGUGUUAGGAAUUACAGAAAUACCAACCUUAUGGGUCCAACAUGGUUAGGAAACAAGUUUCUGAAAGAACUGAUUAGGAAGCCCAAUUUGAAGUGUAAGGAAAUGCAGGUAAUUAUCCAAAGUAGAUUCCACUGCAAUGUGUCCUGGUCAAAGUGCUAUAGAGCAAAGUGUAGGGCCAUGUCUUUGAUACAAGGGAGAUUGAGUGACCACUACGCUAAAGUAUGGGAUUUUGGUGGUGAGCUGUUGAGAUCAAAUCCAGGUCCUGGUAUGUUCAUCCUAGUGGUGUAA